UUUAAAAAUGGUGGGGAAUAGCAUUCAUUUUAUUACGUUUUAUCCUGAUAUACUGGAAAUAAAGGAUAUAAACAUCUCCAGACUAAAGGAAUUGAGCGCUGAUCUUCAGCAGGCCAAGUCAGAAUGUCUAAUCGAUCUUCGAUUCACGGAGCUCUAGUUGGCAGGAAGGAAGAGGCUACAAUUGCGGACCUGAAGUCGUCCAAGAAUAGGACAGUUUCACGUUGACAGAUAAAAAAAUAGCCGCAACAAAUGGGAAGAUACCUAUAGUUAAAUUGUCAGAGUUUUGCCUGUGACCACCUAUACGUCCUUGCUUAACAGGUUUAUUCAUCGCGUACUAAUGAAGUUACUGCCAUGACCAUUUGACUAAUUUCUCUUCAAGAAACAAAUUCUAGCAUCGGACAGUUGCAUAAGGCCGUUAAUAAACGUCGCAUAAGGAUCCUUUCAAGAUUUUGCAGCAUAUGCAAGGCAUGUAGGAUCCUGAGCAGCACUAACAGGCAGGAAGUUGGAGAGGAAGCUGCAGAGUCAUGGAGCCUUCUGCUGAAUCACAAGGGGAGCCCGAGAGAGUUCUGCAUCAUGGAGAGAUCAGAGACCACCUUGGGACAUCAACUGCCUUAAUGCCUGGUGACGACGCUCCGCCUUUGACUCCUGGGAAGAUGAGCCAAAAGCAGGGGAAGGAAGGGCUUCAUGCUCAGACCAAAGACCAGCCAUGCAGCAGUUCUCUUAGCCCAGGGAUCAGCUACAGUCAUGGUUUUGACAGGGGAAAAGACGAUGUCUUACAGCUCAAAGAAGACUCCACUCAUUCCAUGUCUAAAAGCAAGUCGGAAUCAAAGCUUUACAAUGGCUCUGACAAGGAUGUCUCCUCUUCUGGGAGCAAGCUUACGAAAAAGGAAUCUCUCAAGGUCCAGAAGAAGAACUACAGGGAAGAAAAGAAGAGAGCUACUAAAGAGUUACUCAGCACAAUUACAGAUCCUUCAGUUAUUGUCAUGGCAGACUGGUUGAAGAUUCGGGGGACACUGAAGAGCUGGACAAAGCUGUGGUGUGUGUUGAAGCCAGGGGUCCUGCUGAUCUACAAGACCCCGAAAAAUGGCCAGUGGGUGGGGACAGUGCUGCUCAAUGCCUGCGAACUCAUUGAGCGGCCAUCCAAGAAGGACGGCUUCUGUUUCAAGCUCUUCCACCCACUGGAGCAGUCAAUCUGGGCUGUCAAGGGCCCCAAAGGAGAAGCUGUGGGCUCCAUUACUCAGCCUUUACCCAGCAGUCACCUCAUUUUCCGGGCUGCUUCUGAAUCUGAUGGGCGGUGCUGGAUGGAUGCCCUGGAGCUGGCACUGAAGUGCUCCAGCCUGCUGAAGCGCACUAUGAUCAGGGAGGGGAAAGAGCACGAGCUGGGGUCCACCGGAGAGCACUCCCAGGUCAACUUGUACAGCCUGCUGCGGGCCAACAACCUGCCUGGCACCGAGAACUUCACGUUCAAUGACAGCGAAAUUGAACGGCACCACUUCAAGGACAGCGACCUCUACUCUGACAAGUCGGACCGGGAGAACGAACAGGACCACGAGGAGUCAGACAACGACGGGCUGGAGAAGAGUGAAGAGAGCGACUCUGACACCUCUGAGAGGCAGGACGACUCGUACGUGGAUUUGGAGCCGAAUGACAUGUUGAGAGAGACUACCUAUGUGGAGCAGUCCCACGAGGAGCUGGGAGAGGCUGGAGAGGCUUCACAGACAGAGACAGUGUCAGAGGAAAACAAGAGUCUGAUAUGGACAUUGCUCAAGCAGGUUCGUCCAGGCAUGGACCUAUCCAAGGUAGUGCUGCCCACCUUCAUCCUGGAGCCUCGCUCCUUCCUGGACAAGCUUUCCGAUUACUACUACCAUGCAGACUUCCUCUCUGAAGCUGCUGUGGAAGAAAAUGCAUACAACCGAAUGAAAAAAGUUGUGAAGUGGUAUUUGUCUGGAUUUUACAAAAAGCCAAAGGGCCUCAAGAAACCUUAUAAUCCCAUUAUUGGUGAAACAUACAGAUGUCUAUGGAUUCAUCCAAAAACCAAUAGCAAAACAUUCUAUAUUGGUGAACAGGUAUCCCAUCACCCUCCUGUGUCUGCCUUCUAUGUAAGUAACAGAAAAGAUGGGUUUUGCCUCAGUGGCAGCAUCCUGGCCAAGUCAAAGUUUUAUGGUAACUCCUUAUCUGCCAUACUGGAUGGAGAAGCCAGACUCACUUUCCUGAACAGAGGAGAGGAUUACAUAAUGAAUAUGCCAUAUGCACAUUGCAAAGGAAUUCUUUAUGGUACGAUGACCCUGGAGCUUGGAGGCCAAAUAAACAUCACCUGUGAGAAAACAGGAUACAGUGCUGUUCUUGAAUUCAAGCUGAAGCCAUUUUUAGGCAGCAGUGACAGUGUAAAUCAAGUAUCUGGGAAAAUAAAACUUGGGAAAGAAGUGCUGGCUACACUGGACGGACACUGGGAUAGUGAAAUCUUCAUCAAUGACAAGAAGACAGGCAUCUCUGAAACAUUCUGGGACCCCACCCCUGAACUGAGGCAGAACAGGCUGAUUAGAUGCACAGUAUCGCCAGAAGAGCAGGGUGACUGGGAGUCAGAAAAGCUUUGGCAACAUGUGACCCGCGCCAUAAACAACAAAGACCAGACAGAGGCCACCAAUGAGAAGUACAUCCUUGAGGAGGCCCAGAGAAAGUCCGCUCGAGAGCGAAAGGCCAAGUGUGAGGAGUGGACCCCCUCUCUCUUUGAGCAAGACCCCAUAACAGGAGAGUGGCAUUACAGAUAUGCAGACACGCGACCUUGGGACCCUCUGAAUGAUAUGGUUCAGUUUGAGAAAGAUGGCUGGAUCCAGACUAAAGUCAGGCACCGGACACCAAUGGUACGUUCAGGCAGUGUAAUUAGUCUCAGUAACCAAGGGGCAAGGAGGGAGAAUUGCAAAUGUCAGGUCACUGUUCCCAAAAGGAAACGGAAGCAAAGCGAGCAGCCCAAAAGCGCAGAGAGUGGCUGCUCAUCUCCCGAACCCGAUCGACACGAUUCGUCGGGAAGUGAAAGACAUAAAACCAAGCAUAACGCACGGUUAAGGAAAAAAGGAACAGACCUCAAUGAUCUUCAAAGUGCCAUUGACUCCAUUAAACAAACACAAGAGGAAAUCAACAGGAGUAUCACCGCCCUGCGCAGCCGAGCGUUCGCUAGCCAGCCUCCGUCCGAGAGCAGCUUCCUGCAGCAGCGGGAUUACGUCAUCAUCUUCUUCCUCAUCCUCAUCCAAAUCUUCAUCAAUUACAUUUUCAAGUAGCCCAGUGUCGCCCAGCUCCGGGGCAUUUCCGCUGAAAUGAACACGCAGGAGAUACAGACUGGGGAGAGCGAAUCGUAAAUGUUUGAAACACAACGCGAGUUAAAAACACAAAAAUAAACAUAUCUGAGGAUGUGGAUACAAGAGUCAUUCCACCAACAUUGGAAUUUUGUUAUGUCCUUCUCACUGUAAUAAUACCUGAACAUUCCGUAUAUUUCACUGCCAAGAGGGUAGCUAUUGGUCUACAUGGAAUUGUUAAUGGAGCCUUGAGUUAGUUCCGAGAAUGGCCCUCUUGACUGAAAAUGGUAGUGAAUGAAGCUCUUAAAAAUUUCAAAAUCCUGCCUCCUUAUGUAAGGUACUGGCUGGUAUGUGGGAAUUAAAGGAUGUGCUACACUUGGCAUGAAAGGCAAAUGCCUCUGGCUAAGUUGUAGAUGUGAUCUGCCUCUGGUACCCAAGAAACAUGCUAGGCCUUCAUUAACAGUAUUGUGAGCAUUAGGCCACAGGAUGUUUUCCAUUGGCACCAAUUUGACUUUUCUUUUUUUUGGGGGGAAGUGAAUGAAACCUGUUUUGUGUUUCAUUUCUUUUAAAAAGAAACCUUCUUACAGUACCAGUACAUCGAGGGCCUGCUGUUUCGAAGUUUUGUUGUUCGUAUGGUCCUCUACGGGUUCACUUGAAAAGCUAAGGAUGAGAAAAACUUAAAGUCAUCCAGUUUAUUUUAUGCUUUCUGUUAUACAAGUUGGGAGUUUCAGAUUUCUCUGUUUUCCUAAGGCUAUUCAAAACAGAAUCCCAUAUUUGGUGACAAGCAUGAAUACAUUUACAGUACUGUACUUGUUCUUAUAAUACCCUUAGGGAUCUAUUUUUUCAGUCCUGCCUGUAGUACAGGAUGGUACUGUAGGUGAAAAUAUCACACAACUAUGAAAGCUUUUAAAACUGUUACUUUGUAUCCCCUCAUUUUAGCAGCAGAAAAAUGUUUACAUUUCUUAAUAAUAUAGAGUGACAUUUUUGGUGGGUUUCAUCUUAAUACAUGACCCCACAAAGAAAAAGAAUAAAAACUGAAAAAUCUUGGCUGAAAAUUAUUACUUCUUUUAUUUUUUGUAGCUUGCUGAUACAGCAUGUAUCCACAGAGGUUAUUUGCUAACGGAAACAUUCAAUUUCAGCUUGAACACAUUAAUGAGUAGUAUAAGCAGUAUUUUCUUUUGUAAUUUUUAACAGGAUCCUUAUCAUAGAAGCUACUUUUUGAUGCUGCCAUCAUACAGUAUCUUUUGCCUGGUUUUUGCAGACCAGAGUUUUCUGCUUUUAGCCUUGAAAAACAUGCUUUUGUAGGCAUUUCUGAACAUUGUUUACUUCAUUCAGCUUGACACCACAUUGAGAAUGGAAUAAAUAAUUCAGCAGAUGUAACAGCUCACUUACAUUAAUUUAAGCAUCCAUUGCAAAGUCCCAAAAAUCAAGGAAGAGCAAAAAAUAGCAUUUUUUAUUUUUUAUUAUUUGAUGUUCUGCCAGUUGUGAAAUUAAAUAAUAACUUGAUAUUUUUUAAAACUGAAGUAUUAUCACUUUGUUCUGCAUGGGAUUUGUUUAGAGACUUGGAUAUUAUUGGAACAAAUACAGUCUUAUAGAAUCGGCUCCAAAACAUUUUUCAGUAACUUUGUUUAGGUUUUUAGAGCAAUAAAAACAAUAGAUAUGAAAACUAUCCCAAAAACAAGACUUCAAGGUGAUCUCAUCAUUACAUAUUUUUGGGUCUUUUUUAAGAAGACGGAAUGACAACAUGACUGUAACUAUUCUGUGUCAUAGUUCAUACAGUAAAUACUGCGGGCUCUUAGAAUAUGCCUUUACAAUGUAGACGUAGAAUUUACCCCAUUCGGUUGUAAGGAUGUUAAAAUAUAGAAAAUGUCAAGUUAAGCUGGAUAAUCUAACUUGUUUUAAUGUAGCAGCUAAUUGUAAGACACACUCCUUAUGCUUUAUUCCAUUCUUAACAUGCUAAAUGUCAAUAAUCUGAUAGAAAAAAUCUGUUAGAAAAAGCCAAAAACAUUAUAUUGACAUAAUAACAUACACAUAUAGUAGAACUGUUAAUAGACUGAUACUGUAUUUAAAGUAGCAUUUUUGGAGGAAGUAGAAAUAUUUCUGUUUACCAGUCUCUCUCACUUUGUAGGUCUGAGUUGCUGACAGCACAGUGCAUUGCUGCAGGGCUGUUGUCUUUAAUGUGUGAAUACCUGUUUGCUCACUGCAGAAAACAAGAAUGUAGAGUGGUGCAAUGAAUUAUUGUCAAACAGUGCCUUCAGGAAGCAUUGAUGUAGGGUGUGUGAGGAUUCAUGAAUAAUGUCUGUCAAGUGGUUGUGCCAUAAAACCCCUUAGAGACGUCUCCUGAAUGAGAGAGUUGCUCCAUGUGUCCGUGUACAAUGCAGAAUUUCUGCUCAGUUAUUCCUGCCAUUGGAGCCUGAUUUUCUUUUGUUAAUUAGAUAUUUUUCACUGUUAUCUGAAACGGCACCCUGAGGGGGAGAGUACGUUCAGUUUUCACAUAUUUGUUCUAUCAGUUUGUUCAUUUUUUUUUACCCUGCCUUGCUGUUUUAUGUAUUUUUUCCAAAUGUACUUUGCUUAUAGUCAAUAAUAAUUUUACACCACCAGUAUUUUUUAAACAUCUGUAGAUCUGAUCAUGAAAAUGAAGAGGGAUCUUGAUUUUCUGUAAAAGUCUGACCCAUAUCUGUUCUCAACAGUGAUAUUUAUUUGGAAAUCAUCAUCACUUCUUGUAAGCAAACAGUACGUCUUGAACAUAUCACUGAAAUAAAUGUUUGCAUCUGCAUUAUCAUGUCAUUGUUUCCUGUACCUUUGUUUGAUAUAGGGGACAAAGAACUGCCAAGUUUAAAUAUUGUUCUUACUGUUAGUUUAAAUAGUAAUUUUACAUAAAACUGAAAUCUGUUAACUGUACAUUGUGAAGUUCUUCCUUUUCUUCAAGUGCUUGUAUUGAACCGAAAACCUAUUCACUAGGUCUAGAGGAAAAUAUUUAAUAAAACUGGAGUUUUGGACACCAA